UGAAAGAGAUGCACUGGGACAUCAAGCUACAAUUCAGCCAGGACAGAUAUCUUUUGCUGAGGAUAAGGAUCCUUCUGAAACAAAUCCAGACAAGAGCUGCUACAGUAAAUACACAGAUCUGUAUGCACCAGGUGUUGAGGACGAGGAUGAGGAGCUGGUCCUUGUCAAUGUGGAGAAUUUCCAACACACAGUGAUUGAGAUGCACAUAACACUACCUGAAAUUGUAGCAAACCUGUCGCUUCCUAUUGAUCACAAAAGAGUCAGCAGGUUCAACAUCUCGAGGGCUAAUGUUUGGGAGGGAGCUGUCAGAGGUUUCAGACGUUCAUCAUAUUCUGAAAACUGUGACAUGCUGGUCAGAUUUACCGAUGAUGCAGGUGUUUAUGAGGAAGGGAUUGACACAGGUGGUCCGAGACGAGAAUUUUUAACUCUGCUAAUGAAGCACCUGAAAGACCGGCCAAUUUUUGAUGGACCAGAGGGACAUAGGUUCUUGGUCUACAAUGCAAAUGCUGUUAGGGAGGAUGAAUACUUCCUGGCAGGAAAGAUGAUUGCAGUUUCAGUUGUACAUGGAGGUCCGGGACCCCAUUUCCUGUCAGAAGAUCUUGUACAGUAUCUUGCUGGCCAGCCUUCAGUCAAACCAACAGUUAAUUUAAUAACUGAUGAAGAAAUAGGGAAAGCUUUGCGAGAGAUUGAGAAUGCUGCUACAUUGGAUGCUCUACAAGAAUGUAUCAUGAGACACAGCACAAUGUUGCAGACAGCAGGCUGUCUUAGACAUGUGGCUGCUGUGGACGAAAAGACAGAAAUUGUGGCCGACUACCUCCAGUGGUAUAUUAUUGACCGCAACUCAUCUGUAAUUGACAGAUUCAAAGAUGGUCUUUCAGCUCUUCAGUUCCUGACUGCACUACAGCAACACCAUACUUUGCUGACCCCUGUCCUGUGCCACUGUGAAAAGCGACUGACUGCCUUUGAGCUUGAGAGACUCUUCAAACCUCAACUCAGCCCUUCAGGGAGUAAUAGGAGACUGAAAGAAAGCCAAACCUUGGCCUGCUGGGCAGACUAUCUCCUUGAUUGUGAAGAAGGCGAGGCUGCUGUGUCUGUGGAAGACAUUUUGAUGUUUGCAACUGGGCUGACAUCACUUCCCCCAUCUGGCUUGGAACCACUGCCACAAAUAGAGUUCCUGGAUGAUGUUCCACUCCCAAUGAUCAGAGAUCCUGAUCCUGAAUAA